UUUAGUACGACACAAAGCUUUGUUACCUAGUAUGUCCCUUAUAAUGUAAAGGCUAAAGCCACUAGAAAAAUACAGCAAACGUGAAGUCUUUUGUUAAGUAGACCGUCCCAUGUAUUGAAGUAACCAACGAAUCAUACCCAGCGAAGAAAUAGCUCAACACCUUUUAGUUAAUUCAAUAGUCUUCGCUCGUUCGGCUAAAAGAGGCUUCGGGGCUAUUUGUCGGCUCAAUGCAGAUAGCAUGGGCCAAAUACCUUACACAUGCUCUAUACUGCGCCUUUGACGAUUUCUUUAUCAGGGAUAUUUGGUGGUUAAAGUGUUAUUCAUUUGGGACGGGAAAAUACUCCAUACCUGCGUUUAAUUUAAGUUAACUAUGAUCUGAAGGGCAAAGAAACUUAUCACGGAUAUAUCACUGACAGAGAAGUCACCAUCUUGGACAUGGCAUCUCGGAAUAUUAUACGUGUGUUCCUUUUGAUAUUUGUGCCCGUGUACGGGAGUUUGUUACUGGAUAAGCGGGAUAUUACAGUUAAUGUUGGACGUUCAGUGUUUUUAGAACGUCCGGAUUUAGUAUUUGUGAAAGGUGGACGUGACGAAGAAUGCCGAGUGGAAGUAGUAAAUACGGACCCUAUGACACAAAGAGUUGGAAAAUUAGAACCUACGAUCUUUGACUGUCAUUUCUCGGCAAAGACGAUCAAAUACAUUCACAAUGGUUCACCACUUCUGUCGAAAGAUGAAGUUAAAUUACGGGUCCAUAGAUUUACAAGCACAGCCACACAAACUGAGACGGUAUACCUAACGGUGAGGAUAGUUAACGCAUCUAAUGAAGUCUUCAUGACACAGGGACUCAGGCCUGUUGUGGUUCCUGGAUUGCUGAAACUAUCCAACACAAUCGACGGGUCAGUGUUAAGGUUUCGUCAUAGCAACAACAAAAACGGCUCGUGCACCGUCGGAUUCUCAAGGUAUCAUUCCCACUGGCCAAUUGCUGGUCAGAUGACAAUUGGCAAAAAUAGACAAACUGUGGACGCAGUUCGAAAAGAUUGCAGAGAGUUUUUAUAUAUGAAUCUUCAUUAUGAGCAUCUGAGAUCACCGAUACCGGACGUUGAUUACUUACCAUUAACAGUUGAACUUUUUGACCCGUCUAUCAGUGAGGAAGUGAUAACAGAGAUGUUCUAUCUACCAAUAUAUAUUAAAGGUGCUAUCCCCAACUCCCCACCACGUUCAUCAGAUAUGAGUCUGUCAAUGAUGGACGUGGACCAGUUUGUUCUCUCGACGAUCAUUCCUGGAAUAAUUCAAGCUGAGGAUUAUGAAACACCCAAUUCACAAUUAGUUUUCAAUAUCAGUAAAAAUUUUGGUGAUGGGAAGGGCUAUUUUGUGAACAUUAAUGAUCAGUCAACACAAAUCACUUCAUUUUAUCAAGACGAUUUGGAUAAUCACCGUAUUGCUUAUCGACCCCCAAACGUUAGUUAUACAACGCAACGACAUUAUGAAGCAGAACUUGUUGUCUUUGAUAGUCAUUUUGCAUCUUCUAUGCCAAUAACGUUACACGUAGCUGUGCGGCCAUCUUCAACAAGUGCCCCAAGAGUUUCGCAUAAUCAUGGAUUAGUUUUGUUAGAAGGACAAACACGACCUAUCACGGUUGAUGAUCUGCAGAUUGUUGAUAGGGAUAAUUUAGAAGGAAUUCGUGUCUAUGUAAAAGGUGGUGUCCGUCACGGCACCUUAACCGUCAAUGGCAAGCAAAGCAUCAUGUUUCGACCAGUAGAUUUAAGAAAUGGCCAGGUGAUGUAUGUUCACGAUGACAGUGAUUCAACUAAAGACGAAAUUGGCCUGAGAAUAAAUGAUGGUAUUCAUACUGUACUAGCCACCUUCCCAAUUACAAUCAUCCCAAAAGACGAUACCCCUCCCAAUUUGGUCAACAAUUUAGGUUUCCAUAUAAAUCAAGGUAAAAUGAAGAAGAUAAGUGAUGAUGUGUUGCUUGCUCAUGAUGACGAUUCUUUGGAUUACAACAUUAUCUACACUCUAACCGAUCCUCCAAAAGCUGGUAUAAUUGUAAGAAAGCUAAGGAGCUCAAACACUGAGACCACCAUCUUUGGAUUCCGGCAGAGGGAUAUCUUGAAGGGUCAAGUGUACUACAAGCAUAAUGGCAAGGAUGUCUUUAGGGACACUUUUCGAUUCAGGUUACAAGAUCAACACGAUCCACCAAACGAAUCAGAUGAACACGAGUUCCAUAUCCUGAUCGAUCCCUUGAAUGAAAAUCCACCGCAGAUGGAUACUAAUGCGUUGAAGAUUCUACAAGUCAGAGAAACAGAUGUAGGCUAUAUCGGCCAAGCUCAGCUACUUUAUACGGAUGUUGAAUCGCCACCCCGUGACAUUGUCUACACGAUUACCACACCUCCUUAUUUCGUGUUUAAUACUGGUGAAAGAGAUGCUGGUUAUCUUGUAGCUACACAUAAUCUUACUAUGGUCACCAAAGAACAUAUUUUGCCUCAGGUUCCCAAAUUUACUCAGGAAGACAUUAACUAUUUGAAGAUCGCGUAUCUUCCUCCCCGGGAAGAUAUAGGCCCUCUACCACGACUCGUUCGUUUUGUGUACACGGUUGAAGAUGGAAACAGGAAUAAAAUCUAUGGACAAACCUUUGAUAUAGAGGUUUUACCUGUAAACAACCGAGUUCCCAGGUUUACUACCGAGAAACUUCUGGUUGAAGAAGGCGGGAUAUUAGGUAUAACUGUUAAUCAACUGUCAGCCAUUGAUGACGAUACACCAUCUGAGGAGUUGAAAUUCAUUUGCGACAUUCUUCCUAAAUACGGUAAAUUACAAAGAGAUGGCGUUGAUAUCGGUAAAAAAGGGGUAUUUAUGGUUGAAGAUCUACAGAAAACUGCAAUAAGGUAUGUUCACGACGGGUCCGAUGUUGAGAUCGACACCUUCACAUUAACUUUGACUGACGGUGUCAAUCAAGCUACCAAAGUUAUUACCGUGGAUAUUGUGCCGAUAGAUGAUAAAACACCGCGUCUUCAAAAAAAUCUUCGACCAUAUCUGAUCGUAUCGGAAGGAAGUGAGGCCUUGUUGACGCCUCAUAUUUUAGCGGCAACCGACGACGACACUGAUGACGAAUCACUGGUUUUCUUGAUCGUUCGUCAGCCGAGAUAUGGUGUACUUCAACUGAAAGGACAACCCCUCACAAAGUUUACCCAAAAAGCCCUAAAAGACGAAUUGAUAUCAUUCCUACACACCAGUGGGGAAAUUGGACUGAAGUCCUUACAUGAUGUUGCAACAUUUAUCGUGUCUGAUCAAAACUAUCUAGCUUCCGUCGAACUUCCUGUGUAUGAUUUGAACAUAACGAUAACCCCCGUAAACAAUCAAAAACCAACAAUUCUGUUGGGUGACCCAGUUCUUGUAUCAGAGGGGGAUGUUUAUAACAUAAAUGAGAACGUCUUGCAAGUCACAGAUCUCGACUCGAAAACGAAGGAAAUCGAAUUUAUGAUAACUAAGCAACCGCAAUGGGGCUUCCUUGAAAACAUUAAACCUAGUCCAGGGUCCGAAAAGUCUAAUGCAGGACUUCGUAUCAACUCAUUCACUUACAGCGAUAUCUUGGAUAGAUCCAUCAACUAUGUACAAUCAAACCACCGAGGCGUCGAACCUGUCCACGAUCAGUUUGAACUAUAUGCUACUGACGGCAAAUUAAACUCCGAUUCUCAAAUCAUCUCCGUCAAUAUAAUACAAGCAAAUGAUGAAGCACCCGAUUUAAUGCUAAAAGAUUUCACUAUAGACGAAGGAGGCUUCAUGAUGAUGGACCAAUCCAUGAUGGAUGCCAUUGAUUUAGACAUGCCCAAAGAUUCUCUAACCAUGUCACUAUCACAGCAACCUCAACAUGGACAAAUUGUGAUGAUGAUUCAGACAAGAAAAGGUCACGUUGAAGCUGAAGUUCAGGACUUUACCAUCGAAGAACUCCACAGCGGAAUGCAAUUGAAAUAUAAACAUGAUGGCUCCGAGAGUAUGAACGAUAAAUUCGUCGUAACGGUAUCGGACGGUAAACAUGAUAUAAAACGUGUUUGUAAUGUCACUGUUCGGGCUAGAAAUGACGAAAAACCCGAGGUUAUUAAGAAUGCGGGGUUACAACUGGAUUAUGGUGAAUCUGGAUUAAUUUCAAGUAUUGCCCUGCAAGCAACGGAUGACGACAAUGGCGAUGCCUAUCUAUACUAUAUCGUGGUGGAAUUACCUAAGAAGGGUAUUCUUCAAUAUUGUCCAAACCCUUUCUCCAAAAGCUUAGAUAGUGAUUGCAGGGACAUCGAACCAGGCACAAACUUCACCCAAAAAGACGUGGAUUUGAAUAAAGUAAGAUAUGUGCACACAACAAGUAUGGGUGAAAGUGAAACGGAUAGAUUUAUGUUUGUGCUGUCAGAUGGUAAAUAUAAAAGACACGAAGAAACGUUUGAAAUCAGAAUCAAGAAUUCCCGCAAGGCUAACAUCGCCUUGUUAAACAGGGGUAUGGAAAUACGUGAAGGCGAGCGAGUUGCUAUCAGCACUAAUAAUCUAAGCGCAUCAGACGAGAGCACUAAUGCAGAAGAAAUCGUAUUUGCAGUAAUAAGGCCCCCGAGACUAGGGAAAAUUCAAUAUAUUGAUCAACCUACAGGAUUAAUAAAUAGUUUUUCUCAGCUGGAUUUGGCUUCUCAGAAAGUAGUGUACAUUCACUUGACAAAAACUGACAUCACUGAAGACUCGUUUGUGUUUACCGUUACUAAUGGACUUAGUGAAGCUAAAAAUGGCGAAUUCAGGAUUAAAAUUCAACCUUUGGACAGAUUCUUGCCUUCUUUAGUUGCCAAUAAUCUACUAGAAGUGCUACAAGGAACCGAAGAAGUUAUCACACCUCAUCAUAUUAAAGCUACAGACCCUGACACUGAUGCUUUGAACCUUACAUACACAAUAGCUAAACCCCCGACGUAUGGAAAUCUGUCUAACAGAGGAGUCAUGAUCACCCAUACUUUUACACAAACAGACAUUGAUCGUGGUUUCAUUACCUACACAAGUGAUGGGUCUAGAGCAGGGCUUGAUAAUUUUCUUUUUACUUUAUCUGAUGGUAAACAUUCCACUUUCCUCAUUAACAACACUGCUCAAACUCAACCAGCAAUGAGCAGCAUAUUUGUGCAUGUUCUAAAAGACGACCCUCCUACGAUGAUCGUCAACAAGCACCCAGAAUUUCUAGAACAUUUUGGGAAGCAAAAAUACGGUUAUAAAUUAAACAGCAAAGUCCUGAGAGCCGUAGACUCUGACACGCGGAGUAGCAACUUGAUCUACACUAUGGUCAAAAAACCCAAACAUGGCCAUAUCCAAAACACAGAAGCUAAGCGAUUCGUAAGAAGACGUUUUACUCAAAAGGAUUUGGAUGAAGACAGUCUGAUUUACAUUGUUAAUAAAGAUGUUACUAGCACCAAUGAUAGUUUCACUUUCCGGGUAGAGGACAACCGUGGCAACGAACUGAACAACCAACAUAUAUCCUUUGAAUGGUCAAGAAUCGAGUUUAUAUCGGCCGAUAUGGUGGCAUGUGAAAACGUCGGAACAUUGUCAAUCACAAUACUGCGAAGAGGUGCACUUAAUCAAAUGGCUUACGUAGGUGUACAGAUAAAGGAAAUGUCAGCCAAAACAGGAGAAGAUUUUGUUCCAAGUUCGGCAAGACAAGUACAGUUUGGUGCAGGUCAGUCCAGAGCUACAUGGGAGUUGCUUAUAAAAGAUGAUGGGUUGGAAGAAACGAAUGAAAAGUUGCGAUUGACACUGGUUGAUCCAAUCAAUGCUAUUAUAGGAGAUACGAGGAAGUUGCGAUUGAGGUUAAUUAAUUCAGAAAAUGGUGAAUGUCCACAAUAUCUUGGAAUGGUUAGCAGCAAUCAUGACGGAUUUCUCACACAUGCAGACAGCAUUAUGAUUCCAUCAAAGAAUUCUAGUACUGGCCUAGGUGACAUUUACCAUACUUCAAACAUACUUUCAAAGCCCUUCAAAGCGGGAGAUAACACAUAUUUAAAUACUGAACCCAAAAUCACCAAAAAAACUAAAAAGAAGAAAAAGAAGAACAAGAAAAAGAAUAGCAACAACAAGAAAAAGAAGAAAAAAAAGGAUGUCUCCAUGCAAAACAAUUUUGAUAAAAGUCAAAUAUCUCCAGGAUCACCAACAAACCAUCCGGUGUGUGACGUAUCUAAAAAGGGUUUACUACGGUUUGACCUUUAUACCCAGCAGAUGUUCCAAUGUACGGGUAGAAAAUGGCAGGUGUGGAACGCCAUAUCUAACAAUGAUGAACGUCCCAAAAGUAACAUUUGCCAGCAAGGUUGGCAUGAAUUUGACGGGUACUGUUAUAAAUACAUCAAUGAUAAACUUCCAUGGGAUGACGCCGAGGCCUUGUGUGUUAGUACACAUAAUGGUCAUCUAACCAGCGUUCGUUCGUCUAAACACUUAAAAUGGUUGGGGCACCAGGCCCGCAAAAAAUCAUUUUGGAUAGGUCUGAAUGAUAAACAAGAUACUGGUGUAUGGAAGUUCGUCAGUGGUGAUCCAGUUGCUAUCACUAACUGGAAAAAUGGCCGUCCUAGAGUAAAGCGAAUGUUACACAAGAAGAACUGCGUAGUGGUGAAACGGAAAUUAAAAUGGCGGAAUAAACAUUGUGACAGAUACACUGCACGUUUUAUUUGUGAACAAAGUCCACAGGGACUACAAGUAAAGGAAACAAAACGAUCCAGAAGAGGUCAGUUGAGAGGAAAACGACAACGUCGAAACAAAAACGCCAAAAACUUAAAAAAUAUGAAAAAUAUGAAAGCAUUUUUCUUUAAGUGAUAGAUAAUAGGCGAAGAUUGUUUUAUUAUUUUUUUUAAAUUAUAAAAAUGGUGGUAAACUAAUAAUACUGGACUAGCCGACUAUCAGAGGUGUGUUAUGUAUACAGACUCGUCCAUUGUGCAUUAGAACAUACCAGUCUCUAACUUUGUUAGACAGUGCUCUAUACAGAAAAACAUUGUGUGACAAGAAAAUGGAUUGUAAUAAAAUCCAACCAUCUAUAUUUACACAAAUUGGUUUGUAAUAAAUGACGAUUUUCUCGAUACUUAAUUCAUUUUGAGAAAAUUGGGGUGUUAAAUCUCUGGAGAGCCGACGUGUUUUAUAAACGACAUUUGUAAUAGGUUUUUAUUGCAAGAGAGUGAAUUUUGUAGUUUAUUUUUUUGCCAAACUCGGAAACUAAUGGAACAGAAAUUUAUAUGUACGAUGGACUUUUUUGUCUUUUUUUAUUGAGCUGAUUCUUUCUGUGACCUGAUUAUGGAAUUCCAAACUUGUACUUGAUUCCCCUAUCAAUAUUUUACCCCAGAUCUGCAAGAAAAAAGUGUACGAAAACCAAAAACUUCUGUUCUCGAAAGUCAUGAUCACACAGAUAGUCAAUCUAUGAAUCUGUUAGCCAAAAUGUUCGGUUUACGAACCACGUUUAAGUAGCAAAUACUUUCAUAUAAUUGGUCGCGUUAAUAAAGGUAUAGUCUAAUACUGUCAUGGAAACAUUAAGCGUUAUAAAGCACUCGGCUUGAUUAUUUGCUUAAGAUAACUUGGACUGUUUUUGGUUUUACUUUAUUGCAAGGCAAUGCAAAUCAUUUGCUAUAGCCAACAUAGGUACAUAGAAUAUAUAUGGUGAUUAUUGCACAACAGAUACGGAACUGUUGCCGGAUAUGCGUGUUACCAUAGAUCACCCAAAACACGCGUUAAUAUCAAGUACUUUUUUGCACUUUGUUAGUUAUUAAUAUUUUGAUAAUGGUUUAUGAUGUAUUAUUGAUAAUUAAUUUGAUAUUUAAAAUUACAUUUUUGUAUGUAUAUAAGGUAGCGUAACAUACACCCAACGAUCAGCACACACCGGGUUAUUGAAGUCUUUCUAACAGAGAGACAAAAGUUCUUGGAGAAACAAAACAACCUUGCAAUGAUGGAACAUAUUUUUAAAGAUUGUGUCAUGUAGCAAAAACACCAACCAUUUCAUUUGCGCCUAUGGACGACUUAAAAUACAUUUUAUGUGUGUUUGUUUCUCUCUUUUAAAGGCUGCAGUCGCCCUGUGUAGGUUCGGUAUUAAUUAGAGGUUCCUCUGCAUGUGUAUAUCUAUGUAUAUUGCUUAAUGUAGUUCUGGUAUGACCAAUAGGGCAAUCAAAACUGUAACCAAUAUAAACAAUCAACAAAUUGUAGCUUAUGGUAUACAUUGAUUUAUUUCACGCUUCCGCUUUUAUCAACAAUUUCACAUCUCCAUAUUUGGUAACUACUUACUAUGUACAUUCAUAUUAUCAAGUAGAUGUCGACUCCAAUUCCAUACCUUGCCAUGCACAUAUAGACACUUCUCGAACACUAAUUGUGGAAAGGUGGUCUUUUUUCAUUCUAAGCCGUAUUCCUCAGCUUUUAUAACAAUGUUUAAAAUACUUUUGGUAUUAUGCAAGGUACUUCAAUUUAAACAUUAUUUAAAACCCCAAAUAAUUAGUUAAUCUACGUGGAGGGGGGUAAUUUAGCGACUAGAUGGCAAAACUGCAUUAUGGGCGUAUAGAAAUGUUUUUCAUGCUCCAAAAGGAUUAUAUUUACCAACUAACUUUCAACAGAUAAUGCAAAAUAAAUACUUUAAAAAACAUAUAAAUGCAAAAAUAAUACGAUAUUCUCUGUUUCCUAAAAAGAUCGUAAAUAUAAUACUUGGAUGAUCUAACUUAUAAACAUGUUAAUCUGAAAAAAAGAUCAUUCACUAAGGGAUUUAAUUUGAUCAAGUUAAAUGAAGUAGCAAGCAAUCUUUUGCGAUCUUCACCAAUGGCAAAACGGACAAUUUCGGUCUAAACACUGCCUAAAGUCCUCACUCGGUGUUUAGCUACAGAUUGUAUCUAUUCAAUGGUUAGCUAAACCGUUGUUAAUCUAAUAAACUUUCGGGAUACAAUCCUCGGAAUUUGGUCGUAAUCAAGAUUCCGAGAAAGGGACGUUUCAUUUCAAGGUAUUGAUUAAUGUCUUAUUGGUUUCCGUUUAUUUCUCAUUUAUUAUGUGCUUAUAAUGAAUCUAAUUAACAUAUCAUAUACUAACUUUCAUUAUCAUUUAUUUACAGCAUAAAGUAUUACAUAUAUUUAUUACACUAAAGCAUAAUAUUCUUUCCUAUUAAUGUUAACAUCCUAUUAACUAGGCACCUGAACUCUGCAAUCUUCAGCCUGUAGCAAAUAAAAUUUAUGAUCAGAUCUCUUGUCAAAUUGUGUAUGGGCAUACAAAGUUAGCGUUAACAAUUUUGUUUUAUAAAAUUACUCAAUUAUUUGAAUCCGGGCAUUGUUUACAUUUUAGUAUUGACAGCCAUUUUAAUGAACUGCUAUCGAGUCCACCCACGGCGAGAUUUAGUCGAAGGUCAGAAAUUAUGAUUCAAAAUAUUAAAAAUACCAUACAUAAUAACACCUUUAUUUGCUGUCCUUAAUUGGUUUGUAAAAUGUUUUAGCCGAUGACAGAUUGGUACUUCAUAAAUUCAUUGAUUGGGUUUAUGUAUUUCCAGUCCACGUUUCAUCAAACCUCUCACAAAUUCAACUUCAAGAAAUCAUUAUAUUAUCCCUUUGAACGAGAUUCUUUUUUUUCUUCAGAUCUUUGCAAUUUGUAGUUUUAAUUGAAAAGUUCAUAUCGUUAUAUCCAUCACCUUUCUUAUUUGCGUUGUGAAGAGCAUUUUGUAUGUAAUAAUACUAUCUAUUAUAUAAUAAUCUUGUGUAUGUAGACAAAGGAUCGUGAUGUAAAUUAUCAGAAUAUAACCUAUAGUUAUCCUUUGUGAAAUGUUUAUAUUGUGUUUGUUAACAAUAAAUACUUUUAAAAGUA